CUGAAGACUAGAGGGGAAGAGGCCAAACUGCGGCAACUGAAUCUGCAGAAGCCUAGAAAUUUAAUCAAGUUAUAUUUUGUGAAGAGAGCCUUGAGUCUCUCUGGGAAUGCUGAGAGAUGAGGAGAGUUACGCUAUCAAAUCCUGAGCGAUGGGCCAAAAGGCCCGUCGGCGGUAGGAACUGUCAUCGGAAACACGUUGAAGACGGGUAGUUGCAUCGCUCCGGCCAGAGUCGAUAGUAUUGUAAUAUUGUCAAUUUCAUUUUGUUUGAUUUAGUUGUUUCUUGUGUAUAAAAAAUGGCGGAUUCGGCUAAAGAUUCGUGCCCGUCUUUGCUUCACGGUAAAUACGAGCUGGGACGGCUUCUGGGUCACGGCACCUUCGCCAAGGUGUAUCAUGCCCGGAACUUGCAGACAGGGAAGAGUGUAGCGAUGAAAGUGGUGGGUAAGGAUAAGGUGAUAAAAGUGGGGAUGACGGAGCAGGUGAAGAGGGAGAUAUCAGUUAUGAAGAUGGUACAGCAUCCCAAUAUUGUUGAGCUUCACGAAGUCAUGGCCAGCAAGUCCAAGAUCUACUUCGCCAUGGAGCUCGUCCGCGGCGGCGAGCUUUUCUCCAAGAUCUCCAAAGGGCGGUUGAGGGAGGACGUUGCUAGAGUGUACUUCCAGCAGCUGAUCUCGGCGGUGGACUUUUGCCACAGCCGCGGAGUCUACCACCGGGAUCUGAAGCCGGAGAAUCUCCUCCUCGACGAGUCUGGCAACUUGAAAGUCACCGAUUUUGGGCUGAGCGCGCUGUCAGAGCACUUGAAGCAAGAUGGGCUUUUGCACACUACAUGUGGGACUCCAGCCUACGUCGCGCCCGAGGUGAUUGGAAAGAAUGGGUAUGAUGGGGCAAAGGCCGAUCUGUGGUCGUGCGGUGUGAUUCUGUACGUUCUUCUCGCCGGAUUCUUGCCUUUUCAGGACGACAACAUUGUGGCCAUGUAUAGGAAGAUCUACAGAGGAGACUUUAAGUGUCCGCCUUGGUUUUCACCCGAAUCUCGCAGACUCGUCACGAAACUCCUCGAUCCAACCCCCAACACUCGAAUCACCAUAGCCAAGAUCGUGGAAUCCUCCUGGUUCAAAAAGUCGGUGCCCAAAACGAUACUAACCAAAGAGGAACAAGAAUUCGAGUCAUUCAAUUGCGGAAAAGCAAAGCAGCCGGAGACCCUGAACGCGUUCCACAUCAUCUCCCUAUCGGAGGGGUUCGAUCUGUCACCUUUGUUCGAAGAGAAGAAGAGAGAGCAAAAGGAGGAACUGAGGUUCGCGACGACGCAGCCAGCGAGCAGCGUGAUAUCGAAACUGGAGGAGGUAGCGAAGGCCGGGAAAUUCAGCGUGAAGAAGAGCGAAACGAUAGUGAGGCUGCAGGGGCAGGAAAGAGGAAGAAAAGGGAAAUUAGAGAUAGGGGCGGAGAUAUUCGCAGUGGCUCCUUCUUUCCUGGUGGUGGAGGUGAAGAAGCACCAUGGUGAUUCCCUGGAGUACGACCAGUUCUGCAACAAGGAGCUCCGGCCGGCUCUCAAGGACAUAGUUUGGACGUCCACCCCAGCCUGAACCAUUCAACCAAAUGACAUGAAGGGUGGGUAGUGUUUGUGUCAAUCCUCAAAUAUUAAUCAUUCCUCUUCAUUUCCCAUCGAUCCUUUGUUGUUUAUUUGAAUUUAGACUAUGGAGAAACUCUUUUUGGCGUCUGCCUUUUAGUCAUAUUCCAUGCCCAUGGGGUGAUGCUGUGAAUUAUUUUGAUUGUGUGUGGUUCUAUGAAUCAUGAUGUGUGCUGAUUGAUUCAGGAACAAUUUCAAGACAUCAAUGUUUCAAUAUUAAAUGUGCAUAAUGUUUUUUUAUGUAAUUUGCAAAUGGAUUCAAUGGGGAAACUAUGUUUGUUUGUUUGUU